GCGAGCCUUUGCUUCGAAUGUCCCGCGUUCGUUCUAUUGGAACUCGGUUGUUGGUGCCUCGCGCUCCGGGGACGGAGCGGCUGCAGCGUCUCCCAAGCCCAAGCCCAAGCCCUGUCCCCCUUCCUGCAUUCCCCACUCCCACCACUGCUCGUUUACAUUUCCCUCGUCCAGAUCCUCCCUUUCUACACAAUUCAAGCCCUUCGGCAUGGCGGCAGCAGUCGGCUCGGCCUCACUUCGCACCACAGCCUCCCGCUUUGCGCUGCUGAGGGUAGAGGGCGAUUCAUCCGAUUCGGAUUCGGACUCUGGGCGGAUUAACAGCAGCAACCGGGUCGGGAAAGGUGCCCGCACCGGAGCUGCGAAGAAAAACAACAGCUCGCAGCCUGGGGCCGCAGGCGGUGGCGGCAGCAAUGAGAAAAAGAAACAGAAAAGGAAGAAGAAGAAAGGGCAGCAGCAAAGCGAAGCGAAUGAGCUAAGAAGUCUGGCCUUUGGGAAAAGUAAUUCAAAAUCUUGUUCUGCUGGUAUCACCGGAAUGAGCAGUGCAUCCUGUCAGUCAGAGCAACCCCCGAACUGCCAGAAUCCACCGGGGGCGGAGGGCGAGAAAUGGGAGCAGUGGCGAGAAAAGGAUGAACAGCUCACCAGCGAAUUGUAUGAAGCAGAUCUCCAAAAAGCUUUACUGAAUAGCAAGUUGGAAUUCGAGGAGCAUAAGAAUUGUUUUGAUGCUGAUAAUACUUCUCAAAUGAAAGGACCGAGUAGAAAGGAAAAACGAAAGCACCUUCAGGGAAAAGAUAAACCUGCUACUGUUUCAUUGAAAGAUUUUCAGACUGAUGGAAGUACAGAUCAGACAAAUAAAAAAUCUGAGGAACCAAAACCUGCACAAGCAACAGAUGAGGAUGGCUUCUUUAUUAAAUUGGAUGAAGCUGCAAGUAAAAUACUGUUAAUGGAGAGGAGAAAGCAAUUAUCAAGUACUAAUGGAUUGGACAGUAUCUCCCAAGAGAGCCAGGAAGUUAUUUCCAAAAACGCAAGAACUGAACACUUAAAAGAUAAACUGGAAAAGAAGGAUUUGAAAAUUCUCCAGUUGAAACAAACAGUUGCUGAGUGGGAAACAAAAUAUAAAGAAGUGAAGGCUAGAAAUGCUCAGCUUUUGAAGAUGCUACAGGAAGGUGAAAUGAAGGAUAAAGCAGAUAUCCUCUUGCAAGUUGAUGAACUCUUAAGUAUUAAGAAUGAAUUAACAUUGCAGGUUACUGGUUUACAUGCAGCUCUGGAACAAGAAAAAUCAAAAGUCAAGCUACUACAGGCAGAUUUAACAAAAUUUCAGGGAGGCAAGAAAGGGAAGAAGGUAUCUGAAUCUGAUCACUGAAGAUUGUACAAUUUACAUACUGUGAAGCCCAGGGCAAAAAAACCCCUCUAGAAAUCUUUCCUCAAAGUGCCAGUGGAGACACUUGUUAUUGCACAGUUGGAUUUUGCAAUCAAUUUGUUCUGCAGUUCUUUAAAACCUUUGAGAAGGCUUUUUCCUCCCGCUUCCCCCAGGAAGAGUUGGGUGGGAAAUUUAAUUUUGCACUUUUGAUGGUCUAGGUACUGUUGACUGAAAGACUUAUUGAUGAAUUACAUUUCAAAACUUUUCCUUUAAGCUUCAGAAGCUUAAACGUAGGGUCCUUUUUACUUUUCAGAAGUUAAUUUUGAUUUGUAAUAAAUGAAAUUGCUUUAGAAUGAUACUUUGCUUGUUAGGUGAAGAAUUGCGCCAUCUUGUUUCAACUGCAAGCAUCUGUUGCGUCUGAGUUGGCACAGUAGAUUGAAACUAAAAAUAUACAGAAAUGCGAUGUAGCACAUUUUCAUGCUGAACCUCAUGAAGGCUGGUAUUGACCAGAAAGAAGGUUAUAGAGUUUGAAUAGUGUCGAGGCGGGGAUGGAAGAAGUAAUUGCCAUACAAUUGUUCCUGGGGCUUUCAUGUAAAAUAAAUAGAAAAUUGGACUCAUCAAGUGAAGGAAAGCAAUAUUUUCAUUAUCUUAGAAGUUUCUGAUUCUCGAUUGGUCCCUGGUACAUUUGCCUUUGGAAAGAUAUUGUAUAUCAACUAGUCUAGAUUUGUGACCUGUACUAGAAAGACAUUUGUAAAUAGCCCAGACUGGUUUUGAAAUAGUUUCCAAUUUGAUCAGAGUUGAACCUAAAAAAAUGCCAAUUUUUUCUUAAUUUCCAAUGAUUUGCAAUAAAGUUUGAUUCAACCAGA